AUAACCUCAAAUUUAAACGUCAUCCACACGUGGUAUAUAGUAAACAAUUUUUUAUUUAAUUAAUAUCACUAAUAACUUAUUAAAAAUGCCAAAAAUAAAAACUGAGAAGAAAUCAAGAAUACACAAUGAAGUUGCUAGACAAGGAAUUAUGUUUAAUAAGGACUUUGGCCAACAUAUUCUCAAAAAUCCUAUGAUAAUUACGGCAAUGUUAGAAAAAUCUGGUUUGCGAUCGACUGAUGUUGCUCUUGAAAUAGGUCCAGGAACAGGAAAUAUGACCGUUAAAUUAAUAGAGAAAGUCAACAAAGUCAUUGCUUGCGAAAUUGAUACACGAUUAGUGGCUGAGUUACAAAAACGCGUUCAAGGCACCCCCAUGCAACAAAAAUUACACAUUAUGGUUGGAGAUGUUUUAAAAACAGAGUUACCUUUUUUUAAUGUUUGCGUGGCAAAUAUCCCUUAUCAAAUAUCAUCACCUUUAGUGUUUAAAUUAUUAUUACACAGACCGUUUUUCCGGUGUGCUGUUUUAAUGUUUCAAAAAGAAUUUGCUCAAAGAUUAGUAGCUAAACCAGGUGAUAAAUUGUAUUGUAGAUUAUCAAUUAAUACUCAAUUAUUAGCCAGGGUUGAUAUGUUAAUGAGUGUUGGAAAAAAUAAUUUUCGUCCACCUCCAAAAGUGGAAUCUGCUGUUGUUAGAAUAGAACCAAGAAAUCCUCCACCUCCCAUUCCUUACACAGAAUGGGAUGGACUUACACGGAUAGCUUUUACACGAAAAAAUAAAACUUUAGCUGCUGCUUUUAAACAAACUUCAGUUGUAUUGACUUUAGAAAAAAAUUACAAAUUGUAUUGUAGUUUACAUAAUAAGACUGUCCCUGAGGAUUUAUCUAUUAAAGAAAAGGUUGAAGAAAUCUUAAAAAGCAUAAAUGCAAAUGAAAAACGAGCUAGGACUAUGGAUAUUGAUGAUUUUAUUCAGUUACUUCUUGCUUUUAACAAAGAAGAUAUUCAUUUCUCAUAGAAAAAAAGAUUCAAAUUUUUAUAGCUCUAAUAACAAUUUAUUAUGUUUAAAAAAUAUUUAUAAAUAAAAUGAUUAAGAUUAAAUUCUACAAUAAAAUUCAACAUUUAAUAUAAACAAAUAUCUUUGGAUCCAUUAUCUUCAAUAAAACGAAACUUAAUUUUAA